ACGAUGCCGGAGUAUCUGAAAAAGCGCUUCGGUGGCCAGAGAAUCCAGCUUUAUCUGACGGUGCUAUCUCUGGCAAUGUAUAUCUUCACAAAGAUCUCUGUGGACAUGUUCUCUGGAGCAGUUUUUAUCCAGGUGGCUCUGGGCUGGAAUAUUUAUGUAUCGGUUAUCGCCCUCCUCAUUAUUACAACGAUCUACACUGUAACAGGUGGUCUCGCUGCUCUCAUGUACACAGACACAGUACAGACGUUUGUUAUUAUUGGAGGAGCCUGUGUCCUGGCUGGCUAUGCAUUCAGUGCCGUUGGAGGAUAUGAUGCUCUCAUGACUAAGUACAUGACUGCGGUGCCCUCUGUUGUGGGUAAUGUGUCUCUUUCCUGUGCAUCUCCACGUCCUGAUUCCCUACAUCUUCUUCGAGAUGCACAAACUGGGGAUCUCCCAUGGCCGGCACUAAUUCUGGGCCUUACCAUUGUGUCCUCAUGGUAUUGGUGCAGCGACCAGGUGAUUGUGCAACGUUGUCUGGCAGCUCGUUCUAUAACACAUGUGAAGUUGGGUUGUGUGUUGUGUGGAUAUCUGAAGAUCCUUCCAAUGUUCCUCAUGGUAAUGCCAGGGAUGAUUAGCAGAGUCCUGUAUACAGAUGAAGUUGCCUGUGUGUUACCAUCACAGUGCCAGGCUGCAUGUGGCACAGAUAUUGGAUGCUCAAACAUCGCAUAUCCGAAGCUGGUUGUGCAACUUAUGCCAAAUGGUCUGCGGGGUCUCAUGCUUGCUGUGAUGCUUGCGGCUCUCAUGAGCAGUCUCGCAUCAAUAUUCAACAGCAGCAGCACUCUCUUUACAAUGGACAUCUGGACACGACUGAGACCUCAGGCUGCUGAGCGAGAACUCUUAAUGGUGGGAAGGGUAUGGACAGUGUGUCUUGUUGCCUUCAGCAUUGCGUGGAUCCCUGUGGUUCAGGCUGCACAAGGGGGACAGUUAUUUGAUUACAUUCAGUCAGUGGCGAGUUUUCUGGCCCCGCCCAUUGCAGCAGUUUUCUUUCUGGCUAUGUUUGUGAAAAGGGUUAAUGAACCGGGUGCAUUCUGGGGCCUUAUUGGAGGCCUGUUCCUGGGGUUGUGCCGCAUGAUUCCUGAGUUUGCCUUUGGGUCUGGAACCUGUUCUGCGCCCAGCUCAUGUCCCAGAGUCAUUUGUGGAGUGCAUUACCUCUACUUUGCUAUAAUCCUCUUCCUGUGCUCUGGAGCCAUUGUCUUGUGCAUCUCAUACUGCACCCCACCUAUUCCUGACAGCCAGCUAUAUCGCUUAGUCUUUAGUCUCCGGCACAACCAGGAACCAAGGGAAGAAAAAGAAACAGAGCCAGGGGCUCAGUCUGCACCACCCACGGUAGCUGUUGAGGUGCCCAACCUGGACCAAGCAGAUUGCCAAAACAUGACAUCGACAGAUAUCCGAGAGAAACCAUCACUCGCCCGGCUUGUUAAUAUAAAUGCUAUGCUCAUGAUGACAUGUGCUGUAUUUCUAUGGGCAUAUUAUGCAUAAGGAACUAAGGGAAAACCUCCAAUUUACUAAAUAAAGGUUAAUAUUUUA